ACCUGUAUAAUUACUUUGAAAAGUGUAAUGUCUUUCAUAUGAUUAUAAUGGUUUCCAGUUUUACUUUAGCAUGUUUUGAGAAAAGGGAGAAUAAUGACAUAAAUGGUAUUUUUAGAUGGAAAAUGUGCCGUAUCAUUAAAAUUAUAAAGUUUUUGGUACAAUAGAUAACAGUAGUGUUGAGAGGAAACAUUAGGCUUCUUGAUGCAUAAGUUUCACUAACAUGAGAACAGUCUUUCGCCAGAUAUUGCUCCUAAAAGAAGGAAAAGUAGCAUGAAAAUGGUGACAAAAUCCCAACCCGCCUCGGUUUGCUUAGUAACAAUACAAAUGAAUGGAGGUUGGGCUACGCCCACGCACCCGUUUCCAAUCCCUUUCAUUUACUCUAUUAUCUAUGCCGUAAGGCGGUACGACCUCAGUGGCCUGGUUCCUGUUAGGGUUUAGGAAUGGCUGUUUCUACCUCGGUUUCUACUCGAGCUACGAGAAGAGUACUUCAUUUAGAUAUCAGUCAUAUGAAGUUAGUAAGAGAUGUUUUGAAGGAAAGCCACUUCAUUGAUGUUGACUGGUUUGAUCUUGGAGUAGAAUUAAACCUGCCUUAUUUUGAUCUGGCAAACAUCAGAGCUAGAUUUACUGAUCCUUCUCAGUGUUUACUGGAGUGUUUGAGCUUGUGGUUGACUUCAUUUGAUCGUACCAUGUAUGAUCGUACUUGGGAAUCAUUAGCUAGUGCACUUGAGAGAAUGAAUCAAAAACCAGCUGCUACACUCAUCCGUAAUACAUAUGAUGAUCCUGCUAGUCAGAUAUUGCAGCAUUACAGUGAUAGAAUAUCACAAGUAUCUCUCACUGAUAGUUGUAUCCAGUUGUUAUAUAUAGAAGAAUUAAUCACUGAGGAUACACAAAGGAAGAUUGAGAGACGUGGUGGCUCAUUAAGUGAUACAUUAAGAGAAUUAAUGAUAGCAGUAUCUGAUGAUCACAGUAAGCUGAGGUCACUAGGAAAUAUAUUAAUGGAAUUAGAAGAAACUAAACCUUUAGCACAAGAUAUUAUUAAAGAUUGUGAUGAAAUGAUUCAUAGACCAGUGACCACAGCUGUUGUUAGGCCAGUCACCAGUGGUACAGUCAAUCAUUUACGUACUGCAAAUACAACAGUAUCAGCUUCAGCUGGUAAGUUCUUUUUCAAUGCAGCACAUCAGUCUAUGUUUGAUGACAUCAGAGGAAGUUUUAUUAUUGUUAUUGAUGAGCUGGUUCCAUUAAUAUCUCAAUCAAAAGUAUUCAUUCAUGAAAUGAAGUCAUUUCUUCAACGAUUUUACCCAGAACUGAGUGCUAAGCUGUCUGAUGCUGAUAGCAUUGAAGCUAUUAUAAAUAUUGCAGUCAAGAAAUGCCGAGUAAAUAAUAUCUCAAUAAUAAAAGCAAUUGUGAAACGAUUUAAAAUUACUGAAGCGAAACCACUCAUAUCAGAAUAUGAAAAAGAAGUGAAGACAGUUUGUGGAUCAUUGAGGGAUUUCCUUAGUCAGAAUCAACCUGAGCAUUUUCUCAUUUUUGAAACAAUUCAGUUUACUUUGGGAUGGGAAGCAGAUGAGCAUUCAGUUGAUGACAUACGUAAUCUCUUAGAGGAAGCAUUUAAAGAAUUAAACAAGAGAAUUAUUGUACAAAGCAUUUAUCAAGGAACCCAGGAGAAGAACAACAAAAAGGCUGAGGAUCAAGUUUUGUUGCUACAGGAGAAAAUUGAAAGUAUUCAAAAGCAACUGGAUGGUGAAAAGGAGCUGCAUGAAAAAGAGAAACAAGUUAAUGAACAAGUUACAAAGAAAUAUGAAGAAGAAUUAUUUCAACAGAAAAGAGAACUCAUUAAAAAUGAAGAGAAAAUAGCAGCACUUACUCAACAGCAUGAGGAAGUUACUCGUCACUUGAAACACAAGUCAGAACAAUAUGAAGAAUUAAGAUCAGACAAUGAACUUGCUCAUAAACAACUUGAGCAACUUCAAAAGGAACUAAAAGAAGAGAGACAAUCAUUCUCCAGUCUCAUGCAACAGAAAGAAGUUGAGCUAAACCAAUUCAAAGAUUACAAGGAAGCAUCAGUUCAGUGUGAAUACACUAAUACUCAGUCAG